AAAAGUUAUAGUCGCACAUGUUUCCGUUCAGUUCGCAAAAAUGAUUACCUAUUUCAAUUAAUUAAAAAUGUUUUCAAUAAAAAUUAAGUUUAUUUAAAUCAUAAAUCAGCAUAUUUUUUUAUAUCACUUCUAUUAUUUAUAUUAAUUUUUUCGUAAUAAUUUGUGUGUGUUUUAAUGUUCAUCCAAAAUGAUGAGAAAUGUUAAAUUUUAUUUUGGAUUUUGUAUAGUUUUAACUAAUGGUAUGUAUAUAGUGGACCCCGGGCCAAGGUAUCCUCCAACAAAAGGUGAAGUUUGGCCAAAACCGCAGUACGAAAGAAAAGAAAACUAUUAUUUGAUUUUUGAUCCUGCAAGGCUGGAAGUCAAUACAACCGCAUUAUCGUGCAAUAUUUUGACGAAUGCAGUAAAAAGGUAUGCGUUUAUUGUGAAAAGAGAAUUAAAUACAAAAUCACGUCAAACAUUUUUAAAAAGAAGACGUAAGCAUACAUAUACUGUAACUCAAGAUUCCGCCAAUGAUGUAUAUAAAAUAGGUGCUCUCACAAAGUUAGAGAUUGAAUUACUGGCGCCAUGUCAAGACUACCCUUACUUUGGAAUGGAUGAAAGCUAUGAACUGUUCAUCAAUGACAAAGCGAGAUUAUCGAGUAUGUCUAUAUGGGGCAUUCUGCGAGGUCUAGAAACAUGGUCACAGUUAUUUUACUUUUCAGACGAUUACAACGAAAUACGCAUAAAUCAAACACAUAUAGCUGACUAUCCUCGAUAUUCACAUCGCGGUUUACUACUAGAUACUUCAAGACACUAUGUUUCACUGUCAAACAUUCUGAGAACCUUAGAUGCAAUGUCAAUGAAUAAAAUGAACGUCUUCCAUUGGCAUAUCGUGGAUGAUCAGAGUUUCCCAUAUCAAAGUCAAAUGUUUCCCGAUUUAAGUGCAAAAGGUGCUUUUCACCAGUCGAUGAUAUACUCUAAAUAUGAUAUUGGACUAGUAGUAAAUUACGCAAGAGAUAGAGGAAUAAGAGUCAUGCCAGAAUUCGAUGUUCCCGGUCAUACCCGAUCAUGGGGUAAUGCAUAUCCGGGCAUCUUGACAGAAUGCUACAUAAAUAAUCAAGUAGUGGGCUUGGGGCCAAUGAAUCCAAUCAAUAACGCAACUUACAGAAUCCUAGAGGACCUUAUCAAAGAAGUGCAACAAUGGUUCCCAGAUAAAUACUUUCAUGUUGGAGGAGAUGAAGUUGAAUUAGAAUGUUGGAAAUCGAAUCCAGAACUCCAGAAGUACAUGACCGAGAAUAAGCUUACCGCUGCUCAACUCCACGCCUUAUUCAUGAAAAACGUAUUACCACUUCUUGGAAGUUCUAAAGCAGUUGUUUGGCAGGAAGUAUUUGAUGAAGGCGUACCACUUAACGCGGAUACUCUUAUCCAAGUAUGGAAAAAUGACUGGGUCUAUGAAAUGAUAAAAGUUCUGAGAGCUGGGCAUAACUUAAUUUUCUCUUCAUCUUGGUAUCUUGAUCAUUUGAAAUCUGGUGGAGACUGGUUCGACUACUAUGUCGCUGAUCCUAGAGAAAUGGUUUCCAAAAGCAUAGGAAACGACUCAACACUUUUAAAACAAAUAGUUGGUGGUGAAGCUUGCAUGUGGGGAGAAGUUGUAGAUGAUGCCAAUGUUAUUAGCAGAGUAUGGCCACGCGCAAGUGCCACAGCCGAACGUCUAUGGAGCGCUCCUAUGGUCGCUAUGAGCUCCAAUAGUUUCUCAACAACAAACGCUAGAACUUACGACCCAUUCGAUACUGUCAGACAACGGUUAGAAGAACAUACAUGCCGCAUGAGGCGACGUGGCAUACGAGCACAGCCACCCAACGGACCAGGUUUCUGUGUAGGAGCUGUUAAUUAAGUUAAAUUACUUUGAAUUUCUAAGUGUUUAAACAAAAUGUAUAACACAACUUCCAGGCAGAAGCUUUGCUAGUUUAAUUAUGUUUU